ACUGUGCAUCAUAGCGCAGCUGCAGCAAGAGCAACAGGAGGCAAACGGUUUGCUCUGCGAACCGGGGCAGUUUGAAAAGACUUUAAGACUUUUCAAGACUUUUUUUUUUUAAUCGCUGAUUUGUUUUAUUUAAAAAAGAACAAAAAAAAAAAAAAAAAACAGUUCCUCUCAGUAAUUUGAAGGGUUGUUUUUUUCUGGAACAUGGAACUGAACAAGCCGGAGAAAGUUCGUUGGCGCUUCGGCGUGCCCAAAGCAGUUUUCAUGUACUUUUGCAGUCUCGGUUGUCUCGCCGACUGUUACAAUUUGGAUGUAAACCAUUCAAUCCCACUGAAUGGUCCCAAAGGGUCUUUAUUUGGAUACUCAGUUUUACUUCACAAAUAUCGACAGCAGACGUGGUUGUUAGUGGGAGCCCCAGUUGCAAAUUCAAGCUUUGACCAUUCCAUCAGAAACCCUGGCGCAAUUUAUAAGUGCAAAAUCACAGAACGGACGGAAUGUGAGCCGAUGCAAAUAGGCAUGAGGAGUAACCACAGCUGUGGAAAAACAUGCUUUGCUGAGAUGGACAAUCAGUGGCUUGGUGUCAGUCUGUCCAGACAGCCUAGUGAUGGACUAAUGUUGGCUUGUGGACAUCGUUGGAAAAACGUUUUCUACUCCAGAAAGGACAAUCAACAUAAAUUACCCCAUGGCGUCUGCUAUAAAUUGGAAGCUGAUUUGAUCCAAUCAAGUCCACUGAUUCCCUGUUACAGAGAUCAUCAAAGGAAAUUUGGUGAAGCCUACGGCUCCUGCCAGGCUGGAAUGUCAAAUUUUCUGGCAGAGGGCUUGAUUGUUAUGGGAGCCCCAGGGACAUCCUACUGGACUGGAUCAGUUCUGGUGUACAACACAUCCAGCAACGUGCUGUCUGCCUAUGUGGAUGACAGUAGUGCCGUUGACUAUGGAAGCUACCUUGGGUACUCCGUUAGCGCGGGGCACUUCAGCCACCCGGAGAGCACAGAGGUGGUGGGAGGCGCCCCUCAGCAUGGGCAGACUGGUAAAGCAUACAUAUUCCAGGUGCAGUCCAACAUUCUGAAAAUCAUCUUUGAGGCCAAGGGUCAUAAGCUGGGCUCCUAUUUCGGGGCGGCAGUCUGUGCGGUGGACCUGAACGCAGACGGCCUUUCAGACCUCCUGGUGGGAGCUCCCAUGUACAGCACCAUGCGGGAAGAGGGGCGUGUGCACGUCUACAUCAACCAGGGAGCUGUUAAUAUGAAGGAAGAAGAGUUUGAGUUAGUAGGAAGCGACUCCUAUGCUGCUCGGUUCGGAGAAACCAUAACUAAUCUGGGAGACAUUGAUGAUGAUGGGUUUCCAGAUGUUGCCGUGGCAGCGCCUCAGGAGGAAGAUUUGCGGGGGGCUAUUUAUAUCUACAAUGGAAGGAAGAGCGGGAUCGCGCGGUCUUUCUCUCAACGUAUCACUGGGUCUGUGCUGGGUAAUGCCUUUAAGAUGUUUGGCCAGUCGGUGUCUGGAGGAAUCGAUGUCGAUGGCAAUGGUUACUCAGAUGUUGCAGUGGGAGCAUUGCUGUCUGACUCUGCCGUUAUACUGAGGACGCGGGCGGUGGUGAUGGUGGAGGCCUUCAUGCUCCUCCCUCCCAGUGUGAACCGCAGCGAGCCGUCCUGUUCUGCCUCGGUACAGCCCGGCGUCUGCAUCAACGCCAGCGUCUGCUUCAGAGUCCGCGGGAGGCGCAUCUCUGGGCACAUCGGGCUGCUGUACAACCUGACCGUGGACGUGCGGCGGAAGGAGGGCUUCCCGCCCCGCUUCUCCUUCAGCGGGAAUGGGACGUCCAACACCACGGCGGGGAGGGCCAAAGUCAAACAUGAGCAGCUCUCCUGCGUCACCCACCAGGUUUUCAUGAGGAAAGAUGUGCGAGAUAUCUUCACCCCAAUUUACUUUGAGGUGAGGUAUGAGCUGGGAGACCAUAACGUCAUUCGGUCCGCGUCCAAGAGCUUCCCUGCGCUGAAGCCUGUGCUGCAGCAGCGAGAGGGACUGACCAACACAGUGCUCAACAAGACUGAGUUCGCUCGACACUGUGCCUGGCCUAACUGUUCAUCCAAUCUGCAGCUGUCUGCGAGACUGGUUUUACCACAGAGCCACAGAAACAUGUCCUACUUUGCGCUGGGAAAUGGGAAGACCAUCAUGCUGAUGGUGACGCUGGUCAAUGCGGGGGACGAUGCCUUCCUGCCAGUGAUACACCUGCGGUUUCCGAGCAACAUCUACUUCAUUAAAGUGCUGAAUGCAGAGGAACGGCGCGUGACCUGUAAACCUGCUGAAGAGGAGAACGUUCCGGUCGGAAUGGACUGCAGUGUGGGAAGUCUGUACAUGAGUAGUCUGGACAAACUCAAAUUCAGCUUCCUCCUGGAUGUAAACCACAGCAGUAACGCGGGAGACCUUAACGUGACGGUCAGCACUCACUGCGACAACUAUGAAAAGGAAGACUUUCUCCAUGACAACUAUGCCCAGCUAACAUUACCACUGAGACAUGGGAUUGGACUAAAUGUUCAUGGUUUUGUUUCUCCAACGGCGUUUGUUUUUGGAGAUAUGGACGAUUCUGGUUGCUAUACUGAAAGAUUCAAUUACACAUUCAGGGUUUUAAAUGCUGGUCCAAGCAGAGCCCUGGAUGCAAAAGUUCAAAUCGAUAUUCCGAAGUCGUUGGUGCCAUAUCCAUACCGGUUACUCAACAUUGUGGAAAUACAGUCCUCUCUUGGGUGGUGCUAUGCUCCCAACUCCUCCAGAGAUCCCAGCGAUGUUUGCUCUGUCCCAAAGCCACGUUUCAUCGAAGAUCUGGUCUUCUUCUUCUCAAAGACCCUGACUCGGCGUAUGUACUGUAUGAAGAACGAUGGUCAAUGUCUGAAUGUGAUUUGUAAGCUGGGAGACCUAGACAUUGGGAAAGAAGCCACCAUUCAGAUGGAGGUGGAGCUGAACCCAGCUGUACUCCAGAUCUCCCCGGGAAGGCAAGGGAUUAUGGUGAUUGAGACCAGUGCCGUGGCAAUGCCCAGGGAAGAUCCUUAUAACUUGUACAUCCAGGAGAACCCCUUGACUACGGUUGAUUUGGAAGGUCAUUUUAACCAGAAGCCCACCAAACCAGUUGAAGUGUUUGUGACUGCAGUGAGUUUAGCUCUUGGGCUGCUCAUCCUGGCCCUGGUCAUCUAUUGCCUCUGGAUGGUUGGCUUCUUUAAGAGAGGGUAUAAGAUGAAUGAGGAGGAGAUUCACAGAGACAGCUGGGACUAUGUGCCAAAGAAUGAGAGUAUUUCCUAAUGGAGACACCAAAAACCCAUCCACCCCCAACCCCAUCCCCACAUUGGAGAGAGCGACUAACAUCACUCUCGCUGCCUCAAUGGAAAUUCAAGGGACUACAUCUUGGCCUGCUAUAGCUUGACAAGCAGCCCACAGUCAAUAAAUCUGACACCACAAGAUAUUUAUGAGAGCAUUGGAUUUUCUAAUAUAUCUAUGACUGCAAAGCAAGGAGAGCAAGGACUGUGUGACUGUAUGCCACUCUGAUGAGUUGAACUGGUUCUCCGUCAGCAGGACUAGAUGCACUUUACCACUUGAAUCAGAUGUUCUUUGGAGAGACUUGAUGUUUUACAUCACAAGGUGAAUUUUAGUAAUAGAAAUAGACCAAGAAGUGGUGAAGAAUGGUCUUGUGCAUUCUGUAUCUUGGAAACAUUUCAUAUGUAAAUGUGAUAUUUGAUUGUGUCUGCUGUAAAAUAAUGCACUGCUGAUUCCCUGAUCACAAAUCUGAAUUCACUUGUGUAUACAUGUCUAUAAAAACAUUUGUGAAUAUAUUUAUGUACAGCAUAUAUAUGUGUAUUUAUAGGCAUCUAUAUAGAAGUGUAUUUUAUGUACAGGUCCUCACCUUUACGUUGGUUUCUGUUGUUGUUUUAAUGUACAGGUCCUCACCUUUACGUUGGUUUCUGUUGUUGUUUUAAUGCCUUUUGUGUUGAAAGUAGUUUUGGUUCUGUGCCUUGAGUAAACCCAAGAGGGUUCAGAUUUGCUCUGAAAACCACAUUCAGAGAGAAAAACUCAUUAGGUUUCCUGUUUGAGUGAAAUCAUUGUUUCCUGUUGAUCUGAGGGGGAUUUUUUUCAGCCAUGCGCUCAUGCAGCGCUCUGUCGUGGCUGGUUUACCACUGGUUCCGCACCUCUCAGAGAGGAGCUAAGGGGUCAGGCCACUGGUUCCGCACCUCUCAGUGAGGAGCAAAGGGGUCAGGCCGCUGGCUCCGCACCUCUUAUAGAGGAGCAAAGCGGCCAAGGCGGGCGGUGAUGUCAGAGGCGGAGUGACUGCCGUUGCUAAGCGAUGGUGGGCAGCGCCUGAGAGUAGCAGCGUGUGGCCGAUUUCACACGCCAGUCAGCCACGUUUCAGCCCCAGCACACGUCAGAGCGUGACGCAAGGCUCCCGUUGACAAGGCAACAGCAGAACAGUCAAGACAAAAAGCUGCAUUUACACAGCCAGUGAACUUUCUUUAAAUACAUUGCAGAGAAACUUUUUUGUAAAUCACACCAUGCACUGGAUGUAUGAGCCAUUUGGUCUCUGGAGAUGACUUCCAAACCUGCAGGUAGCCCCACCCAGAGGGCGGGUCCAAGGCUGAAUUAUUUAUCUGAGAGCCAAUAACUGUCUUUCAAGCAGACACUGGCAUCCCUGCAAGUGAUAAUGUGCAGCAAUUUUGAGGUUUUGACACCUGAUGAAGAUUCUUUUGACUUUUAAAAAUAAAAAAGCACACUCUACAUUUGUUCUGCAAAUUCUUUUAUUUUUGUAAGUGUGAUUGUACUGGGAAAGUUAUGUCUGAAAAAUAAAUGUGUGAAAAAAUAUUUCAGUGCUGACAUCUCAGUGAAAAGUUUCUUACUUCUAUAGGAAUGCAGAUAAUUGAAUAUAGUUUAUAUUUUCCUAGAAGCUGAAUCUUGAGUAUGAAAUUAUUUUGUAAUGUGUCAUCGUUCUGUAUUAAGACACAUAGUGCUAUUCAUGUAAAUAAAUAAAAUUGUGGUGUUGUGUUUAAAGAUAAAUAAUGUUGGUAAGGUGUGGGAUAGAAUGCUAUUUAAACAAAGCUGUGCUUAAAUGGAGGAUGUUUGGCCUCUGUUCUAGGUGCAGGGGAUAAGAUGUGAAAAAGUCUGUCAUCAACAGUGCCUUUAAAUAAAGAACGUCAUCAGGACAAA